AUGUUGAACAAGAGAAAACGUGGUGAUCACGAAAGAGGUUCUCGUGAUGAUGAUAACAGCAGCGAUGAAGAGAAUUUUGAACGUAAUUCCAAACAAUCCGCCAGUUCGAGCCAUUACACUCGUCGGGAGCAAGUCAAUGAUGAAAGUAGUAGCAGUGAUGACAUGAGCGAUUUAGAGGAUGAUGAAAUUGAUCAAGAAUUAGUACAAGAAAUGGCCGGAAGAUUAAUGAAUGAUUUUAGUCAAUUUAAUAGAGAUUUGAUGCUAAAUUUUCACAUGUUAGCGGAAAGAAUGGUUGGAAGAGGCAUGGAGGUUCAUGAAAUUCUUUGCUUUUCUGAAUCUGCUUCAAUACCAACAAAAGAAGAGCUGAGCGGUCGGAUUGUUGAAGGAAUUGAAAACUCUUUUGACUUUUUAAAAGUUUGUGCCCUUACUAUCCCUCAUCCUCCAGUACAUGUUAGCGAAGAUCUUUCGAAAAUAAUAUAUGGCGGAGAUUCAUUGGAAACAUGUAAAUCUAGGCUAUCAAAGGAUCAUUUAGAUAUGAUUAAUGAAAAAUUGAGAUCACCUGAAUAUGACAUGAAACUAUUGGUUCGACAGCAAUGCAUUGUUGCUUGGCCUCUAUUUGAGAAUGAGCAGGUCUUACUCCUUUCUGGAAGCGAGGAAUCGAGAAAUGAGAUGAUUCAAUUAUUUGCAGAAAAAAAGGUCACUGUUAUUGAUGAUGACAACCUCGAUAAUGUUGUACUCUCUAGAAGCAUUGUAGUGGUGAGCGAUGAUUUUAUAGAAGUUAAGAAACCGUUUCAACUAUCGACGUAUGAAAAGACCAUACUUGAGUUUGCAGUUCAAAUUGAUUGUAUACUUUUCAAACAUCUAAAGUAUUGCUUUGAACAUUGUAUAAUAAUGGAAAAAGAAAUGUUUGAUGAAUGCUCCGAAUUGCUAAAGAAAAAUAAUUAUUUUUCUGGCUUGUUACAAUUUCCAUUAUAUCAACAUCGAAAAAGAAGAAGAAACCUUUUGGAUGAAGAUCAAAUACAAUCGUUUAAGGAAGCAGCAUCCUCACUUCCAGAUAUUAACGAACAGAUUUCUCUUACAAGACUCGUACCUAACGAGAUUAUUUAUCACAUUUUACGAUUUUUACAAGUUCAAGAGCUACUAGAGUUUAGAGUUGUUAACAAUCUUGCGAAUGUUAUGUGUUUGCAAAAUUUCAUAUGGAAAGAUAUGUGUGUAAAUACCUGCAAGAAAUACCCCUUUUUCUCGUCCAUGAACAUUGACGCAUACAACCUUCCCUAUGUGGUUGUUUAUAGAAAUUAUAUCCGUCCCCUCAUCAAAGAUUUUUCAAAACUCUUAUCCCUAUGUCACAUCGAAGACUCAACUCUCGCAACUAUCGUCUCAAAGGAGAGAUUUUUGCAAUUACUAACACCUACCUUGUUCAUUGACACUAGUAUCUGUAGUGAUGAAGAGAUUCCAAUUGGCUCCUCAAAGAUGGGAGGAACAGCUGAUUUACCAACCACACAAGAGGGUACAGAGGUUAAGGAGAUUGCUGGCAAAAUUUCCCAAAUGGGAUUACUGUUACAAUUGAAUUUGAAUGAAUGUGUGCAUGAGAUUUUUGGUCUAUCCUACCAAGCAAGUAACAACUUGUUGAAGAACAUCUUUCCUAAGAGCGGUAUUCUAUACUUCUUUUGCCAUACCAGCAUUGAAUCACCACAUGGUAUCAUUUUGCAUUACGACGGUCCAAUGGAUAAACUAAAACGAUGUGAGAGUGGAAAAGAAAAGAACGCAUUUCGUAUCAAAUUCUAUGAAGCAUUGUCAUUGCCAGCUGUUUCUGAUUGUUAUUUUACAAGCGACUACAAAAAGUAUGGUGAUGCCAUUCGAGGAGUUGAUGAAGAUGAUUUGUUUGAUAUAUUAUCUCAGCAUAUUCAUGCUCCAUUUUCACAAGGCGAACCUCACUCACUAUUUGGACGCUUGCCUUUUGUUACACAAGACGAAUGGAUCAGAGAUGAGAAUGAUCUUCCAGACAGCGACGAAGACGAAGAUGAAGAGGAUGACAGGUUCCUUGACAUGAACAAGAUUCUUACACCCAUUCUCAAACUCUCUUCAGAUUGCAAGACUGAGGAAGAUCAAAUGUUUCGCAGAGUAUUUGGUCAUACUCCAAUUCAGGAAUUUUUGCAAUCAGGAGAAUCCAUAUCCUUUAGUAUUGAUCGAGAUUGCAAGUGGAAGACUGUUAAGGAUUUUGGAGAUGGAUCUAGUAUUCGACAAUUAUCUUGCUUUGUGGACGAUUUGUUUGAUGAAGUCAGUGAACCAUUGCAUCACAAGUACAAGAAGAAGGUGAAACCAUUAUUCUUCAAACCUGGACCUUUUCAAUAA